AUGCCAAGAGUGAGUUCAGAUAUUUCCAAGAGGUUGCAGAAAGAUCCUAGUUGUAUUAGAAAUAUUUGCAUUCUGGCGCACGUUGAUCAUGGUAAGACAUCCCUAUCAGAUUCGUUGUUAGCUUCUAAUGGCAUCAUAUCUCAGAGGUUGGCGGGUAGGGUCAGAUAUUUAGACUCCAGGCCCGAUGAGCAGUUGCGUGGUAUCACAAUGGAAUCAAGCGCUAUUUCCCUUUAUUUUAGGGUGCUGCAUAAGCAAGAUAACAGUGAGGAACCCCUUGUUGCAGAGCACUUGAUAAACUUAAUUGAUUCCCCGGGCCAUAUAGACUUUUCAAGUGAAGUUAGCGCUGCGUCAAGAUUGUGUGAUGGUGCUGUGGUGCUGGUUGAUGUUGUAGAAGGUGUUUGCUCACAAACUGUUACCGUUCUUAGACAAUGCUGGACCGAGAAGCUGAAGCCUAUACUUGUAUUGAAUAAAAUGGACAGAUUAAUCAACGAGUUACAAUUAACCCCACAAGAGGCUUAUUUUCAUUUGACCAAGAUAAUAGAACAAGUUAAUUCUAUAAUUGGUUCAUUUUAUGUAGGUGACCGAGUUCUAGAUGACCUUUCAUGGAGAGAACAGCUAGAGCAGAAUAUAAACGCCGAGUUUAUUGAAAAAGAUGAUGCUGAUUUAUAUUUUGAACCAUCUAAGAAUAAUGUCAUAUUUUCUUCCGCAAUUGACGGAUGGGGAUUUAACAUCGGUUUAUUUGCUAAAUUUUAUGAACAAAAACUAGGAGCAAAAAGGGAGAACCUCCAGAAGGUCUUAUGGGGAGACUUUUAUAUGGACCCAAAGACAAAGAAGAUAAUCAAUAACAAGGGCCUUAAAGGAAGAAUACUUAAACCGUUAUUUGUAUCUUUAAUCCUAGAUAAUAUUUGGAAGAUAUAUGAUAAUGUUUUGAAUUCACAUGAUUCGGAAGUGUUGGAAAAGAUUACAAAAACACUUAAUAUUAAGGUUCUUCCUCGUGAUUUAAAAUCCAAGGAUUAUAAAAAUUUAUUGAAGACAAUUCUUGGCCAGUGGAUACCUGUUAGCACUGCUAUUUUGUUAACUGUAGUCAUGGAAUUACCGUCCCCUCUAGAAUCGCAGCAGAAGAGAAUCAAAUCUAUCAUCGAAAAUGCACCAGGUCACGAUGUUGCUUCUCCGGCACUAAUUUCUGCAAUGCAGGAAUGUGAUAGAAGUGGACCCAUGUGCGCUUACGUUUCAAAGAUAUUAUCAAUACCAAAAGACGACUUGCCAGUCAAUUCUAACAAUAUUGCCGGUAUGGAUGAGCUGCUUGAAAGAAGAAGGGCAAGGGAGGAAGCCCUAAUAGCGGCAAGGACAGCUGAAUUAGCUGAAUCAAUUUCAAAGGUUGCAAUUGAUAAUGAUGAGGUUAAUUUAUAUUCCAGAGUAUCUGAGACAGCGGUAACGCCAAUGAUGGACGAUUUGAUCCGGCCUAAGAACUUAACUACUUCAACCCAAAGAAAACAAGAUAUAAAUACCACUGACAGUUUUGAAGUUGUAUCAGAACUCGCACCGGAAUUCAAAUUGGAUACUGAAAGUACCGAAGAACAUGAUGCCGAAUUAACAGAGGGAUUAGACGAUAUUAAUUCUAUACCAGAAUUCGUUCCGGUAGCAAGCGAUCCCAAUGACCCCUUAGCGUCAAUGUUUGAAUAUGAAGAGGAGGAUCCAUUUGGAAAUGAUGAGGCUCAAUUAGAAACAGAUAUCCCUUAUGAAGAUAAUAAUGAGGAACUUAUUGCGUUCACAAGGCUUUAUAGCGGGACGCUAAAAGUAGGCCAGGAAAUUUCUGUUCUUGGGCCAAAAUAUGACGCAAAGCAGCCAGCUGAGCAUAUAGAUCAAGCAACGAUCACUUCCUUAUAUCUUUUUAUGGGUAAGGAAUUGGUUCCUUUAAAUGAAUGCCCUUCUGGAAAUAUUAUUGGUAUUGGGGGGCUAGCAGGUAAAGUGUUGAAAAGUGGGACCCUCAUAGAGAAGAAUAUUCAAGGGGUAAAUCUAGCCAGUACAAGUUCGAAUUUUACACCUAUCGUUCGGGUAGCUUUAGAACCAUCCAAUCCAACUGAGAUGAGCAGGCUAGUCCAUGGUUUAAAAUUAUUGAAUCAGGCUGAUCCAUGUGUUGAAAUUUGUUUCGAAGAUUCUGGUGAAGUCAUAUUAUGUACAGCUGGUGAAUUACAUUUGGAAAGAUGUUUGAAAGAUUUAAGAGAAAGGUUUGCAGGAAUCGAAAUAUCCUGUUCACCUCCUGUUAUACCAUACAGAGAAACAUUUUUGAAAACGAUAACGAUGAACCCCGUCAGAAAUCAGGGACUGGGAAGAGGGGUUAUGGUUGCAUACCUAGGUGAAUUAAAGUUGAAAAUCAGAUCACUUCCAUUACCUAAAAAUCUGACGACCUUUUUAGUUAACAAUGAAGAACAAAUUAAAAGCUUUAUUAAGGAAGCCGAAUCUUCACAAGAACAAAUUUUAACUUCUUCGAAACUCAGGCGGUAUCUGGAAGAUGAAUCAUCGGAACAUGAAGACGCAGAAUUGAAAGGAAUGAUUGCAGAAAUUUGUCGUUUUGGUCCUAGGAGAACAGGCCCUAACAUACUUAUUUCUAAAUCUGGACUUCUUCGAAAUUUCUUCGUGCCCCAUGGUAGUAGCGCUUCUUUUGAAUUGGAGGAUUCUAUACUUAAUGGAUUCGAGUUAGCUGUUAGUGAGGGCCCAUUGGCAAAAGAACCAGUCCAAGGUAUGGCGAUCAUUAUAGAAGAUAUUCAAAAAAUGAGUCCCGAAGAAAUCGCGGCUAUUGAUGAUCCAUCCUAUCAGCAUGAGGUACUAGACUUGUCCGGAAGAUUGAUUACUACAACUAGAGAUGCCAUCCACCAAAGUUUUCUAGAUUGGUCACCAAGAAUUAUGUGGGCUAUGUACACAUGUGAAAUUCAGGCAAGUAUAGAAGUUUUAGGUAAAGUAUAUGCUGUUGUACAGCAAAGACGUGGACGGAUUGUGUCAGAGGAAAUGAAGGAAGGUACUCCGUUCUUUCAUAUUAUUGCAAGAAUUCCCGUGGUUGAGGCAUUUGGCUUCACUGAUGAUGUAAGAAAGAAAACUUCAGGCGCUGCACACCCACAACUAGUUUUUUCUGGUUAUGAAUGCCUGAAUUUAGAUCCAUUCUGGGUGCCCACAACCGAGGAAGAGUUGGAAGAACUCGGUAACACGGCGGACAGAGAGAAUAUUGCUAGAAAACACAUGAACGACAUCAGGAGAAGAAAAGGCCUUUUUGUGAAUGAGAAGGUUAUUCAAAAUGCAGAAAAGCAAAGAACUUUGAAACGUAAUUGA